AACUAAAAUUUUUACAGCAUGUCAAAAAUUAUUGUAGCCGUUAGUUUGAUGAUGAUGAUGAUUUCAAUGGUGGCAAUGGUACGCACUGAUGAUGAUGAUACUAAAAUUAAUGCUGACUGUAAGUGCAAUUUUUUUGAUGGAUUAUUUUGCGGUUCCCGAAACUUGAUUAGCGAUACCAAACAGUCGAGACUAAUAGGCAAUUGUGAAAAGGAUUCCGUUUACUUUUGUCCCGGCGGUGAAGGAGUGGCCGAACUAAAGUCCCGGUGCCCGGGCCAGUGUAUACUAGAUGAUAAAACAGGCAUGGAUCAUUGUGCAUUUGUCUAAUUAAAAUAACAACCCAACUAACCUAAUUAUAAAAUAAAAAUAACAUAAAAAAAUUACCAUGCUUAGUAUAUAAAAUUUUUAA